AUGGCUGCCCAAGAGCUCCCAAUCCCUCGCGAUCCCACCGAAGACGAAGCUUUUGCGCUUUUCAAGGCCCUAGAAGAAAAGUUCCCCUCCAAGACGCUUGGAGACGAUAAAUGGUACAUACUCGCAUACGCGGCCAUCGUCGGCGGCGGCCAGCCAAGUUUCGCACCCCUCCUUUACAAAGAGCUUAUCAAGCGGCCUGAAUAUCAAACAUCCGAGCAACGCCAGGGUUUGAUGCGAAGAAUAAGAGAGACGCUGUUCAAGUUGAUAGUCAUCGUGGGUGUAUGCAAGCCUCUGGAAGCCAUCUUCGAUAUCGAUGCGAUCACGCGACCGGAAGAUAAGGACUACACAUUUUCGAGGGAAGGAUGGCAAUGUGACGAAGCGAACGCGAAGCGCGGCUUUGCAUGGCAAAGCCGCCUGUACCAACACAAUCAGGGGAAGAUCGACGAUGUGCUAGCAUCGCAGAGAGACUUUGAUUGGACCAGCAAACAAAUUACCUACGGUCUCUACCUUUCCGAUCAUAGUAUCUUGAACGACGUCGAGACCGAGCUGACGGUACUCUCCGGGAUCAUGAUCCAGAACCUGCCUCGCGAGACUGCAUGGCAUCUGCGAGGAACGCGACGAAUUGGUGUGACCAAGGAGGACGUUGAGACGCUACAGCAAUGUGUAAGUCCCUUCAUGCGUGUGAACGAGUUGUGUGUUCUGAUGCUAUCUAGAUUGAGCUCGUUGCGACCUUCUGUGGCUUGCGGCUACACAAAGUGCCGCGAGUUGCAGACAUUGAACAUGAGGUUUAACUAAAAGAAUCCUUCUUUACUCGGUCCUCAGCGCAAUGGAAGUAGCUUACAUUCGUAACGCGUAAUAGAUGAUGUAUUCUAGAAUAAUUUUAAAGGAGUUCAAGGACCUCAAGUUUGCAAUCUGAAUGACAGAGAAACAAGAUUCAAUAACAGAGCAGCUAGGCAACAAACGACAAAUUGCGGUAUGCUCAAUCUAUCUGAACUUUACACGAAACGUUGGAGGCCCAACAUCACGACCCGCUCUCGAGCUAUGAAUCCUCACGCAAAUUUCCCCCAAGUAGUGCCAGGAUCGCGUCGGGGACGAUUACUUGUCUCCGUAAGAAUAUUUCUCGACGUCACGAGUAGUCUAGUAUUAGCAGCUUGGCCGAGUUGAGCCUCAUGGAAAACGUGUUCCGAGAUCACAAAUACAGGGUAACUACGCUAAUAGGCCACUAAGGUAAGAAAUUGAUCCCUUUGGCAUUCUAAGAAAAGCAACGUUGACGACCACUAACAGAAACUA